AAUGAUAAAUAGGGACUAAAAAAUAAUUAACGUUAAUAUCAAUGUGACAUUGCUUCAUUCAUUCCUCUAUUUCACACACGACUUUUAUCUUUAUCGCUUCCAACCUUCGCCACCGUUGGUAACACCAUUUCGCUUACCGCUCCGGCGAAUUUCUGAUUGGUGGGUAGGUUCGGCGAAAGAAAUAACGUUUCUUUGUGUCGUUCCUCUUCUCUCUUUCUUCGCACUUCAUUUUCGAGUUAAGUUUUGGUGCCCGGUUGAUUUAAUAAACAUGAACACCAUCCAAGUUGCUGCAAGCAUUCCUGCAAUAUAUGCCAGAAAAAAUUAUCAGCCACACCAUUUUCUUUCUACACGACUUGGAUUGUCAACGAAUGCCAACCCUCGGACCUUCCCAAUCUUAAGAGCAAAACAAUCAUCUGGAUUACAAUGUGUGCCUGUUUUGAAAUCUCGAAAAUCUCGCCAUGUUUGUUUAGCUGGUGGAAAAGGAAUGAUGGACAAUAAUGAGUCCCGACGAGAAUCUCUCGAUGAAGCUAUGAAAAGUUUUCAAGAAAAAAUUCGAAAAGGAGAAUACAGUGGGGGAAGUGGGUCCAAACCACCAGGUGGACGGGGUAGUGGUGGUGGCGGUGGCGGCGGCGGCAACUCUGAUGGAUCAGAGUCAGAUGAGACCCUUCAAAUCAUUUUUGCAACAAUUGGCUUUAUAUUUGUGUAUAUUUACGUCAUCAAUGGCGUGGAACUUACAAAGCUAGCCAGGGACUUCAUCAAGUAUCUGCUUGGUGGAACUCAGAGUGUUCGAUUAAAGCGGGCAUCAUACAAAUGGUCACGAUUUUAUAAGAAGAUUACUGGGCCAACGGAAGUUGAUGAGAAUGGGUCGGAAAAAGCUCCAACAAGAUGGAACAUCACUGGUUUAUACCAAGAUGUCGUUAGGAAUUACAUGAAACAAAAUUCAAAUGCCUAAAGAUUAGGAGCAGCUCUAGAUAUAGAUACCCGCAUUGGUGAACCUGAUGAAUAGGUGCAUUUGUAGUUUUGAUUACUUUUGGGAAAAGCUGUUUUAGUUUAAUAAUCUUUCAAAUUUUAUUUUAAAGAUGGUUAUGAAAAUUUAUUUCGAUAGGGCUA